CCGGUCGUGGGUGCCUGUGGCGGAGGAGUCUCCACUGUAACACUGUCGGUGCGCACCGUGUCCGGUAAACAGCGCAGAGGGACGGGAAGGUGAAACGCGCUAUUUUUACCCGCGGUGGAUAUAUAAAGUAGAGCUGCCAGCUGGAGGGGGUUACAGUUGGACACAUCCUCAGCGCAGCCAGGCGUUAGAGGUACUGGUGCCCCGGAGAGAGGCGGGAAGACGGAGGACAACUUCUUUCUGUUUUCUCAGCAACGGGGGACGGGCGGAGAGGGGAGAAAGAUGCCCAAACCAAUCAAUGUGCGCGUCACCACCAUGGACGCUGAGCUGGAGUUUGCCAUCCAGCCCAACACAACAGGCAAACAGCUCUUUGACCAGGUGGUGAAGACGGUGGGUCUGAGGGAGGUCUGGUUCUUCGGCCUGCAGUACACAGACAGUAAAGGCUACACCACGUGGCUCAAGCUCAACAAGAAGGUGACCCAGCAGGAUGUGAAGAAGGAGAAUCCUCUGCAGUUCAAGUUCAGAGCAAAGUUUUUCCCAGAGGACGUCUCUGAGGAGCUCAUCCAGGAGAUCACACAGAAACUCUUCUUCCUGCAGGUGAAAGAGGCCAUUCUGAACGAUGAGAACUACUGUCCCCCGGAGACAGCCGUGCUGCUGGCGUCCUACGCUGUCCAGGCCAAGUAUGGAGAUUACAACAAAGACGGUCACAAGCCCGGCUACCUGGCCUCCGACCGGCUCCUUCCACAGCGAGUUCUGGAGCAACACAAACUGACAAAGGAGCAGUGGGAGGACAGAAUACAGACCUGGCACGAGGAACACAGAAGCUUGCUCAGGGAGGAUGCGAUGAUGGAGUAUCUGAAAAUCGCUCAGGACUUAGAGAUGUAUGGUGUCAACUACUUUGAAAUCAAAAACAAGAAGGGCACAGAGCUGUGGCUGGGGGUCGACGCCCUGGGACUCAACAUCUACGAGCAUGAAGACAAGUUGUCACCAAAGAUUGGCUUCCCCUGGAGCGAGAUCAGAAACAUUGCCUUCAGCGACAAGAAGUUUGUCAUCAAGCCCAUCGACAAGAAAGCUCCAGACUUUGUGUUUUACGCUCCUCGGUUGCGGAUCAACAAACGCAUCCUGGCGUUGUGCAUGGGAAACCACGAGCUGUACAUGAGGAGGAGGAAGCCCGACACCAUCGAGGUGCAGCAGAUGAAGGCUCAGGCCAGAGAGGAGAAGCACCACAAACAGAUGGAGAGAGCACAGCUGGAGAACGAGAAGAAAAAGCGUGAGCACGCAGAGAAAGAGAAAGAGCGGAUAGAGCGAGAGAAGGACGAGCUCAUCGAGAGGCUGCGGCAGAUCGAAAUGCAAACACACAGAGCUCAGAAAGAGCUGGAGGAGCAGACUCGCAAGGCGCUGGAGCUGGAGCAGGAGAGAAAGCGGGCGAAGGAGGAGGCGGAGCGGCUGGAGAAGGAGAGGCAGACAGCGGAGGAGGCCAAGGCAGCGCUGGCUCAGCAGGCUGCAGACCAGAUGAAGAACCAGGAACAACUGGCUGCUGAGCUAGCGGAGUUCACUGCCAAAAUCGCUCUGCUCGAGGAAGCCAAGAGGAAAAAAGAAGAAGAAGCAACAGAAUGGCAACACAAAGCGCUGUCGGCACAAGACGACCUGGAGAAGACGAGGGAGGAGCUGAAGACGGCCAUGACUUCCCCACCAGCGCCGGAGAACGACGAGGAGGACGAAACGAACGCCGAGGCGAGCGCCGAGCUGCUGAGCGACGGCAUCAGCAGCCAACGCAGCGAAGAGGAACGCAUCACUGAGGCACAGAAGAACGAACGGGUCAAGAAACAGCUACAGGCGUUGAGUUCAGAGUUGGCCGAGGCUCGUGACGACACCAAGAAGACACAGAACGACAUGCUGCACGCUGAGAACGUCAGAGCGGGCAGAGACAAGUACAAAACCCUGCGCCAGAUCCGCCAGGGCAACACCAAGCAGCGCAUCGAUGAGUUUGAGUCCAUGUGAGCCGGGACCACAGGUCGGUCUCGCUGCCAGGUCCACGCCUCACUCCUCCUUGUAAAGCCCAAAAACCUGCUGCCACCCCAGGAACUCCUGCUUGUUUUCUAUCCAGGAGAGAAACGCCGGCUAACGGGCUUUGUAGCUUCAGCCUCGCCAAAGCUCUGCCGACAGCGGUUGGCCAAUCAAACUGCUCCCUGCUUUUUAGAGCUCCUCCCCCCGAACCUAAACAUGUCCGUUUAACUUUCGGAAAAAUAGCAAGCGACAUAUCCUGUCAUCAACCUGGACUCCACCCUCCCACCAUACUGACAGUUUUAAUGCUUGCAUGUAUGAUAAUUAAACCGGGCCGUUAGACUGAAUUGAUAUCGUGCUUUGACUCGACACAAUAAAAACACGGCCAAUUGUAGCUUGUUGAUGUUGCUGGCACGUUUAAUAUCUGUACCUUACUUUUGUGUCAUCAGUUGGAUUUAAAUAAUUUGUUUAAAAAAAACAAACCACGCCUUAUUCGUCUCAUUUCCUUCCCGUCUAGUAUUACUUUUUGUCACGUUGUGUUGGGAAAGUUCUGCUGUCCGUGUCAUUGAUCUGUUAAUGUUGCAUCAGCUAACUUUUCUUCUCACUGAGAGUCGUGAGUGGAUAGAAAUGCAAACUAGAUUUGCUUAUUUUACACUCUGACUAUGCUGGAGUUCUCUCUCCGUUGAGACAUUUGUUCAGAUAUAUAUUUUGCCCCACAAUAAAGAAUUAAUUUAUAUUUCAAACUAUGCAGCUACGUGAUGAUCUGAAGAGCCAGCAGAGUUGGAUUUAUUCACAAAGGAUUGUGUCAGAUUUAAAUGUUUGAACCUGACGCACAUUAUUAUUAUAAAAUCUAGUGAAAGCCUGAAUUUGCUGCAUGAAGCGUGUUCUGUAAGACUCCGACACGGCAAUAUAACAACACAAUAAAGUAUUUCCCCAAUAACAUAAGAUAUUAAUAAAUCAUUAUGUACCAUAA